AUCACUCUCUGGCUGCUCGCACCGGGACUGCAACAGUUUUAUAGCUCCGUAUUUUCAAAGGUGUCAAAAUCAUUUGAGUUGUCGCAUCAGCAGCAUCACUUAUCAAACCAAAGGCGGAAACCAUCAUCUCACAGCAUCAGGAGCGAUGGAUUGGAAAGUUUUCGUACUAGUGGCUAUUCUGCCUUCCGCCCUGAGCCUGCCUAUGGAAUUGUGUUGUCAGAGCAGCAGCAGCAGCAGUAUUGCUUCUUCUUCUUUGAAUGUCAAACUCGACUCAUCGAUACCUGUUUCAGAUUCGGAAAUGCUGGAGCCGUUCAUUAGCCCAUCGAUUAGCAGCAGUUCGAAAACGCCGGAUCCGUUGCUGAUGCUGAUGCCACAGCAGCACCAAGAGUCGCCAUCGUGUUGCGGCAACGAUAACGAUCUGCCGACAGAAAAGAAACAAGUCAAGAGAACACGAAUGAAAAUUCGUGGCACCACCAGUAGCGGAUUACGUCGAACCAAACGCUUCCCUAUUCAUCUCGAUCCACUCUAUCAGUAUCGUUACCUCGCCAGAUCGGGCCAAUGCCCAACGGCGAAGGACGGCCAACCAGAAUUUUAUUGUCCCACGCCAGACCGAAAUGGCAAUUGGCGUUGCAUCGACGACUUCCAACUAUGUGACGGUGUGCGUCACUGCCCGAAUGGCGAGGACGAACUUCCGGUCUCUUGCCUCUUUUAUCGUGUGGUUGAAACUCAUCUUUUGAGCGUAAGCCAACGGCUUAACAGCGACGAAAACCGACAGCGAGGUGUCCCUCGCUAAAGUGUCCAUCCUAGCCGAAUUCUUAUAUGGUCUCAUUAUAACAAGCCGCUGCCAUUCGUUGUUCUGAUUAGUUCCACGUUUCUAUGGUAAUUCCCGACCAUACGUCUAUAAGAAUUACAGUGCUAGUGUGAAGGCGCCUUAUAAGACGCUGGAAAUUCCACGAAACGGGACUGGAUAUGGACACCAUUGUGUUAAUUCCGAAAGUUCU